AUGAAACGAGGUAAAGCAGACAUCUGCCUUUAUGACUUGGAUUCCAAUCGCGCGCCUUCUUCGUUCCUCUCCAUCGAGAUCCAAGAUCAAUCCAUCAACGGCGUCUUACAAGCAUGCCCAGGACCAAUUCCGCCCGACUUGGGUGUUGUGCCUGACGAGUUCAAACCACUGGGCUAUGGCGACCAUACAAAAGGAACACCAGGAGUCCUCCGCUGUCUGGGGGAGCCUGCCAGUCUUUUGCCUCAAGUCCCGCACAGGGACUGUCCUGCCCCUGGCGAAUACAUGAGCGUGAUUCGAGAACUUCCGUCUUCAAAACAUAUAGACAUUCUCGUCCAAGACUUCUUCAGAAAUGUAGCAUGGCAUUACGAUAUCGUCAACGAAGCUAACUUUAUGAACCAACUUGCUCAAUGGCGCCGCUUGACGCAUGAUCAAUUCAAAAGAGGACCAAGUGCCUUACCGAACGCCCUUCGAUCUUUCCCUGCUCUGCUCUUCCAGAUUUUGGCACAGGCUCUACUUUUCCAACCCGCACAGCACAAUGAGACCCUGAAUGACUUGAAGUAUGCUGUCGAUAUGGAGUUGUCAGAUCGGGCAGCAGAAUACAGUGAUGCGGGUUGUCGACUCACUUCAUGUUUCAGAAAGAGCGAGCCCACUCUAACGGGAAUCCAGGCUGAGCUGAUGCGAGCAUGUUUUGAAAAGACCACAGGGGCAGUAAUCGAGGCAUGGCACACGCUUGGAACUGCUAUCCGCGAUGCUCAAGAACUCGGUCUACAUCUCAUAAAGCCAGAGUCAACGAUUUACUCGACAUCUAAAGAGCCAUCGGAUCUUGAAGUGGGCCGCAAUGUCUGGCUUAUCCUUCACCUCUGGGAUGCUCAUAUGGGUAGUGUACUUGGAAGACCCUUGUCGACGAGAAUGAGUCCCAACGACGUGGCCUUGCCAAUGUCAUCAAGGGACAGCUCUGGCAAGCCAAGACCACCGCAACCUCGCGACGUCAUCUUAUGCGGCUAUCACACGGCUUACAAAUUCCUACAGGACAUUCACGAUCUCGAGAAAGUAGAGGACUGGCGAGUCCCAGUUGACAGAAUCCACGAAACUAUUCUUACCAACAUUUCGAACCUUCCCGCAUGGGCGACAGUCCAGAGGUCUCGCGAUGGAGAACCUCCUUGGCUUUCUGCGGCCUUGGAAACAAUGUACACCAACGUGCACUUUGUAGUCUUUGCUUUGCACCGACCCUUCAUCUUUGUAGAGCCGAGCAGCCGCCACAAGGCUUUUCACGCGGCGAUGCAAAUAUUGGAGUCUCAAGGUCGUCUAUUCGACCAGACAGAGCCUUUACAGUACAAAUCUUUCAGUUUGGUGUUUGCGACGUUCGACGCCAUGGUGCUCGUUGCAGCGGUACAUAUCCGCUUUCCGAAUGAACUACGGGAACAGUUUGCAGCGACCAGGAGCAAUCUUGAGUUGGGCAUUCAGCGGCUCAAGUCUUUGCAGGCCAGGAAGAAUUUUCUUGCCAGUUCCGCAUUCAGCAUUAUCGAACGGCUGUAUCGAAAAAUGCUUGCGACUGUGUAUCCGGAGGAGCGGGACAACUACCAGCGAGGUACUGGUGAUGGAAGCUUUAUGGCAAUGGAGACUGAGACAGUGGAAACGAAUUGGGACACCAUUAUACAACCCGACCUCGGAGACGUUUUAGUUCCUCAACCAAUGAACGAACUAUUGCGCUGCGGGUAUUUGGCUCAGUCGUUGAGCAUAAGUCCUUCAUUACCAGCAGCUUAUGGGCAAGACCAGUUCGGGUUGAACAUUAUGGACGGCUUUGGAAGUGAUUUGAUGCCUUAUCACUGCACAGAUGAUACAUUACAUGGCGCCAAGUAG